AUGCCACCGUUACGCAACGUCGAUCGCCCUGGCGCGUCAAGUGACACUGGAAACCAUAGUUCCCCGUUUGGUGAUGAUGGACAACAUCGACUUGACCCAUAUACAGAAGGCCAGAAGCCUGCUCCACUUCAAUCUUCUUGCUCAUCAUCUCCUACUCUGGAAACAAAAGCAAAGGACUCGGUCAUUUCCACUCUCACUUCACAAGAGCCGCACCAGCAUGAUCAGCGUCAGAGAACUCCAUCCAUCGGCGAAGACCCCUCCCACGAUCCUGCCAUUCCCCCAUCCAAGAUGACCAGUACUGGAACGAGUAUCGAUUGUGGGCAGAGGACUGACGAUGGUUCUCGGUCUGGAUCACAUAGUCCGGAGAUACCUCCGCAAAUGAAGGAGCGCUGCGCCUCUCCGCAAAACACCAUACCUUCGUCAGUUGGAUCCUCCAUGCUCCUUGAGAUUGGUAGUGGCUUUGCGUCCCCUAACCCACAACUGUAUGCCCCUCUGGCCUCUCUUGAGGGCGAGGACAACCGACCGAUUCAUCAUCCAGGCCAGCUCGACAAUACCGAUGCACAGGAUUGA